AGGAGGAAUGCCACACUGGGACGAGGGACACUGAGAAGAGGGAGAGAGAGAGAGAGACUGUUAGAGAGAGAGAGCGUGAGAGUGAGACAGUGUGUGUGUGAUGUUGAUGUAAAGAGAGAGAGUCUGGUGGUAAUAGGGAGAAAGCAUCCGAGAGAGAGAGCAACACAGAUUCAGCGAAGACCUCAGGCUCAGAGUGAACACCUCCUCCUCAUCCUUCUCAUCCUCCUCAUCCACAUGGCAUCCCAAAGAGCUCUCUUCUGCUCCUCUCUGGGGGUAGCUACGUGCAUCUUCAUCUUCGUGAGCCUUCAGGUGGCCGACGAGCUGAGCGGGUAUGAGCGCGCCUCUCUCCCGGGGGGCCGCCGCGUCCGCCCGAGGGCCGACGGGGACAGUUUGGGGGGCCCGCGUGCCGACGACGCCGUGCGGCUUCGACCCCGUCCCCGUCACGGGAGCAGGGUGGUGAGCCGGGAGGCGCAGCUGGAGGCGGGCGACGCGCGCUACCCGGUGAUCGUGUGGUGGACGCCGCUGACGGGCGAGGCGGGCAAGCUGGCGCGCUGUCCCGGCGUGCCUGGCGAAUGUUUCUUCACGGUGGACCGCUCGUACCGGCGGCACUCCAUGGCCCGGGCCUUCCUCUUCUACGGCACGGACUUCAGUGCUUGGGACCUCCCCCUGCCGCGCCAGCGCUCCCACGACUGGGCCCUGUUCCACGAGGAGUCGCCCAAGAACAACUACGUGCUCUUCUGGCCACAGACGGCCGCCCUCUUCAACCACACGGCGACGUUCAGCCGCCGCUCCGACCUGCCGCUCACGCUGCAGUUCGUGGAGAGCGCCAAGGCGCUGCUGUCGCGUCGCCUGCUGGUCGGCGCGGCCAAGAAGAGCCGGCUGCGGCGACCGGCGCCCGCGGGCCGGGGCCUGGCGGCCGUGGCGUACGUGCAGUCGGACUGCGAGCCGCCGUCGGACCGCGACGAGUUUGUGCGUGAGCUCUCGGCGUACAUGGACGUCGACUCGUACGGGCGCUGCCUCCACAACCGAGACCUGCCUGGCCCGCUCACCGACCCGUCGGCGAUGGAGGCGGAGGGGUUCCUGUCGCUGCUGUCGAGCUACAAGUUCGUGCUGGCGCUUGAGAACGCGCUGUGCGACGACUACGUCACGGAGAAGCUGUGGCGGCCGCUGGCGGUGGGCGCCGUCCCCGUGUACCGCGGCUCGGCCAGCGUGCGCGACUGGCUGCCCGACCCCGAGCGCUCUGCCGUCAUCGUCAGCGACUUCCCCUCGCCCAAGGAGCUGGCCUCGUUCCUGCUGUCGCUGGACGCCGACGACGCCCUGUACGACGACUACCGGCGCUGGAAGCUGGAGGGCCGCGUGCGGAACCCGCGGCUCCUGACGGCGCUCAGCCGGCGGUCGUGGGGCGUCAACGACCCGGCACAGGACAACUUCAUCGACGCGUUCGAGUGCGCCGUGUGCGCCCGUGUCUGGGAGAACGAGGAGCGCCAUCAGCAGGGUCUGCCGAGGCGCCAGUGGACCGCUGACCCCGCUGCCCUCAGCUGCCCAGCGCCAGCGCCGUUCCGCCCGGCGCUCUCCAAGCCCGGAGGAGCGGCGGCGGCGGCGGGGGCGGAGGCACGGGUCCGGCGGGGCGGCCGUCGACGCUCGGUUGCUCCACCCCAGCCGGGCUCCGUCGUGCGGGAAUUCUGGCUGCCGAUGCACCGUCAGUCGGAGAAGGAGGCGGAGGCCCUGCACGCGCUGGUGCUGCACAACCGCAACUACACGGAGGCGCAGUUCUACGCUCGGGCGAUGCGCGGCAAGGUCUGACUGCGUCCGUCUCGACGAGGUGUUUCUUCUUGCUGGGGCCUGUGGACCCCGCUCAGCCGGUGCAAACAUUUCUCACAGGGCUCGAUUGUGACAAACAGAAGCAGAAGGUCUUUAGAAGUGAUUGUUGCGUUUAGUUUGUUGUCCUUCCCCUCCCCCCCUGAGCCUCCGAUUAGCACGGUUGGCUACGUACGCUGCGGAAGAAGUUCAACAUACAUGCACAAACGUGGACUAUCAGCCCCUGAGCCCUGGUGACAAAACACAUUCACUCGUCUCUCUCAAUACCACUCAUACUGAAUGAUUCGUUUUACCGGAGCAUUUUUUUUUAACCGCAGCUAUAAGGUUUUUUUUUGGGGUGGAAAUUUAUAUCUCAGGGUGAAAGUCGUUUAAUCAGCGGAGUUUAUCAUGAGUAAAAUAUCAAUGAAUGUUUGAAACAACAAGUUAUUAUUGUCAACCUGCAUUUGCAUCAUAGUCCUACAGACCACCUGGAAGACCGUCAUGGAGCACUGGUGGUCUGGGGAUCACACUCUGAGCACCACUGCGCUAGAGAUACCUCACUGAGAACCACUGCGCUAGAGAGACCACACUGAGAACCACUGCGCUAGAUAUUCCAAGGUUCUCGUUGCCGAGUUGAGCAGGCGACGUCCCAUCGCCUCCCGCUGUGGGCACGCCACGGUUGGUUCCAUCGUGCGGUGGGGUAAAGUGUGGGCGCCCCCACCGCUUUCAAGAAGUGUGGCCAGCGCCGAUGAGUAGAUCUAAGCGUCCUCUGCAGGGCUUCUCUAGAGAUCCGCUUAGAAGUGGCAUGAGCAAGCAGGCUGCACAGUUAACAAAGUGGCACUUUGGCAGAGAUUCAUGUGUACUCUUGGUUUUUUCGGUAAAGUCACGUAGGUAAAAAAUUUAUUAAAGUAAUAAAAAUCACGACGUUUCGGAGGCAACACAAGUCUCCGUCAUCAGGUGUAUCAAGUCAGGCAGGGAUUCCAAGAUGCAAGAUCUUAAAUACGAGUUAAGGAGAAAAAGAAAAAGACAUUCAUGUGGUUGGCUCGGGGUUGUUGAUGCACAAUAUGUGUUGAUGUGUCAUGAUCAUCAUCACGAUCACCACCAUCAUCCGUGGUUUGCGUACACAAUCUUUUCUUUAAAGAUCUGUGUGCGCUGACUUUAGGUAACCGUGUAAAUAUGUUUUUAUGGCAUAUUUUAUGUUUAACCUGAUCGUUAACUACUUAAACGUUUUCUAAGUGAAGCUUUAUUUUACUAUUCACACUCUGCAGGCAAUGUUUCAACAUAUAUUUGUAAUGAUUAAAACAUUCCAGUGUGUAUAUAUUUUUUACAGAUUUUAUGAAAGUACAAGGUAUUAGGUGAAAAUAGUCAAAUGUAAAUGACUUCUGUUGAACAUGGUAUGCAAACUUAUACGCAAAUUUGCAAUAUCUCUAAGAGCUAUAUCAAGAGUAUUGAGAACUUUAUAUUAAACACUAUGCAUUUGCACUUACUUAAAAGUACAUUAAUUACUAAUCGUGUAUAGGCUUUUGUCGAUUCACUGCUGGAUAAAGGCCUUUCCAUGCUAUAUCGUAAAUGAGGAGGUUGUUUGUCCAUCCUUCACCAUAAUGGCCAGUGCGGUUUGGUGAUGAUGGAUUAUGAAGAAAGCAAGGGUGGAAAAACCCCGAUUUUUCCAGCGGCAGGCAUCUGUUUUUUUCUUUAAUACAAUUAAACCCGAUUUCGGGGAAUUAAAACCUGGUUUGAUGAAUACGAAACUCUGAUCCAAGGCUUAGGCUGCUUCCUCGU